AUGGCGAACCCUCGAGGAGGAGGAGGAGCGCGUCACCUCCCUCUCCGGCUGCGGCGGCUGCUCCGGUCGCCGAUCUCGCGCUGCGCGGGCGUCCUGGCCGCCUUCGCCGCGCUCCUCCUCGUCCUCUCCCUCCGCCAGGUCGACCGCGUCGCCCUCCCCGGCCACGGCCACGACCCCUCGCCCGCUCACGCCCAGGUAUCAAGUGAGCAGCUGUGGGGUUCUAAUGGUGAUGGUUCUCAUGCUUGUGUCACACCAACAUCCAGAUAUAUGGCUCCAAAAGAGUCAGAACGCUACAUGACAGUUAGGAGUAAUGGAGGACUCAACCAAAUGCGUACUGGAAUAUGUGAUAUGGUUGCAGUUGCUCGUUUGGUGAAUGCAACACUUGUUAUUCCUCAGUUAGAUAAACGGUCCUUUUGGCAAGAUACCAGUACAUUCAAGGACAUCUUCAAUGAGCCUCAUUUUAUUAAAGCUCUGGAAGGGGAUGUCCACACUGUGAGUGACUUGCCUCAAAGCUUGCAAUCUGUUCCUAGAGCUCGAAAACACUUUACUUCAUGGUCUGGUGCAAGUUAUUAUGACGAGGUGAAGCAACUUUGGAAGGACCACAAGGUAGUUCACAUUCCGAAAUCAGAUUCACGACUUGCUAACAAUGGUCUUCCCAUGGAUAUCCAGAGGUUAAGAUGUCGCUGUCUCUACCAAGCACUGCAUUUUUCAGAUCCAAUCGAGAACCUUGGAAAGAAGCUUUUGGAGCGUCUAAGAUCACGUGGAAAAUUUAUUGCUCUUCAUCUGCGAUAUGAAAAAGAUAUGCUAGCAUUUACAGGAUGUACUUAUGGUCUGAGUGAAUCUGAAGCAGAUGAGUUAAGAAUUAUGAGAGAGAGAACAAGCCACUGGAAAUUGAAGGACAUAAACUCAACUGAACAGAGAUCUGAAGGUAACUGUCCACUAACGCCUGAGGAGGUGGGGAUUUUUCUACGAGCAAUGGGAUAUCCAAAAUCCACAUGGAUCUACCUGGCAGCUGGUGAAAUUUAUGGCGGUGAUAAAUAUGUCUCAAAAUUGAGAUCAUACUUCCCAAACUUGGUUAGCAAGGAGGUGUUAGCGACAAAAGAAGAGCUUGAUAAAUUUAACAACCAUGCUUCUCAAGUUGCAGCUCUUGAUUACAUAGUUUCAGUUGAAAGUGAUGUGUUUGUUCCAUCGCAUUCUGGCAAUAUGGCAAGAGCUGUUGAGGGCCAUCGUCGAUUUCUGGGUCAUCGUAAGACUGUCACUCCAGACAGGAGAGGGUUGGUGGAACUCUUUGAUUUACUACAAAAAGGGGAACUUAUGGAAGGUCCAAAAUUUUCCUCACUUGUUACCGAGAUGCAUAAAAACAGGCAGGGAUCUCCAAGGAAGAGAAACGGCUCCUUGCCAGGGAGCAAGGGCAGAGCACGUCUAAGGACUGAGGAAUCCUUUUAUGAAAACCCAUUCCCGGAGUGCAUCUGCCUGACAGGAAAGCACUGAUGUGAUGAUGUUAUAUAGCUGUGCAUGGUGACCUUAGUUCAUUUGCUCACUGUGUUGGUAUUUGUGUUGAUGAAUGGAGCGCCAAUGACGCAUCAGAAUUACAGCGGUACUCGACCCAGUCAUAGAAGUCAGGCAAGGGCCUCAUUCCUUUUGAUCUACCUCCAAGAAUCAUGUAGUCUUUAAGUUCAGAAUUCCAGCUGGGAGAACUGGCAGGUAGAGGGAAGAGACUACAUUCAUCGGUUGCUACAUAGUAACAGAGACUUGACAUGUUCUGCAGCCACAGAAAUUGCAAACAAUGUGUGAUGUGCAUCUGAAUUGUUCGCACCUUUAGAUCUAGAAAAUUUUGUAUUUAGUACGAGGCCUCAAAGGGGGUAGUUUUAACAUAGUGUCCAGUGGCUUCAGCUAUGCAACUCAUAAUCGAAAGGGAUGUUUCUUAUGACCCCUCUGCAUUAUGAACAAUAGCAUCUCUCAUUUACUCUAUGGUAUGCACACACAGAUACUGUGAGCAAAUGUAAUUAAACUCUACACAACGCGGAAUGAUUCAGCUAUUUGCUUCA